AUGAAUCAAAAGGUUUAUUUGGCAGUCGUCUUAGUUUUGAUGGUAACAAUCUGCAUAGUACGUGGGGAGGAAAAAGGAAUGAAUCAAGCCGCGAAACCUAAUAGUCUUCUUCGUCACGUAUUAAGCAAAGGUCAUUCUAGUUGUCCUCCUGAUUGUGACUUUGAAACUUGUGGUAAUAAUAAUCCUCGUUGUUAUAAUAAUCCUGAUUGUUGUCCUUAUUGUCUUCAUCACAAUUAUAAACUUUGUAGUCUUAACGCUGUUUGUUGUCAUCGUGCUGGCCAAUAA